AUGGCGGACAAGAAGCGAAGGUACAAGGAUGGAUUUGGAUCCAGCAAGGAAUGGACGGAGCGAGAGCUGCUCCCUGAAAUGAACGACUGUACAAGCCCCGAGAUGUCGAGGCCCGGGGGGGGGAAGGGAAAGAACGACGUAGGGCGUAAGCAAGCAGCAGCACCCAGGGCUACUACCUUGGGGCUAGUCAACCUAAGCGGUCUAGAUGGCCCGUUUCAUUUCCAUUCAUUUGUUUGUCUAACCGGUUGUGGGGAGGAGAGGCAAAGCUUGGUGGCAGAUGGGGGGGAAGAGUUGAGCAGUGUAUCCGUCGUACCAUACUGCGGGAGGGGAAACACCGAACACAUGCCCCGUAUUCGCAAAGUAUGGUAUGGUCAUCUAUUCGAGGAAGAGAUCGGAAUACACAUUACCGAGUGUGAAGUAGAUACCGGUAUCGCAUCCGUAUGGAACACUAGUUCACUAGCAGUAAUGGUGAACGGACUCCAACAGUCUGGGCGGGCUGAUUCCUCUGUGGUGACUUAUCCUUACUUUGCAAGUGUUUCAGCUUCCUCGUGGGCUCUCUGGCAGAUGUGUCCAAGACUCCAAGUACUCUGGCGGCGCUCUCAAUCCACUUUCUUUUCUUCCUCUCCAGGUCCGGCUCUGUUUACUUUUCUCUACUUAGACCGAGCAAGUAAGGUGGCCGCGAUCCCCUGA